GUGACACCGUGCUCAGAGGUGCACCAUCAUCAACUCUACCCUGCAGCCUCUCUCACUCUCUCUGUCCUCCUCCUGAAGAGAGACAGAGAGAGAGAAAAAGGGAAUCACGCAACACGCCAGAGAGAAUACGACAAGUAGGAGAGAGGGGAGAAACAAAUCUGCCAAGGCAGAGACUCUGUCCUCUCUCCACUGAUUUUUGAGCUGAGAAAGGAGGCAGUGAGACGUAGGAAUAAAGCGCAUCCCAGCGGUGGUGGUGGCAGUGGUGUUUCUGCCGUGGCUGCAGACCACAGCGAGCUCCAGAGUUGUCUUACUCUCAACAGCCUGAGGAGGAGAGAAGAUGUUAAACAGUGUGACUGACUGCGAGGAGGGAGAGGGGGGACCCAACAGCCAGGGCGAUGGAAACCCCAAGGAGAGCAGUCCUUUCAUCAACAGCAGCACCAGUGAUGCCGAGAAGAGCCAGCAGUACGACGGCAAGAACAUGGCUCUGUUUGAGGAGGAGAUGGAUACCAGUCCAAUGGUGUCCUCUCUGCUCAGCACUCUGGCCAACUACUCCAACCUGCCCACCGGCAGCAAAGAGCACGAAGAGGCUGAGAAUGAGGAGGGAGCGCGCCCGUCCAAAAAACCCAUCAAGGCACCACAGCUUGGCACUCUGAUGGGUGUGUACCUUCCCUGCAUCCAGAAUAUUUUUGGCGUGAUCCUCUUCCUGCGCAUGACUUGGAUGGUCGGCAUCGGAGGGGUCUUUGGCUCCUUCAUCAUCGUCUUUAUGUGUUGCUCCACGACCAUGCUCACAGCCAUCUCUAUGAGUGCCAUUGCAACUAAUGGAGUCGUACCAGCUGGAGGAUCGUACUACAUGAUCUCUCGCUCCCUGGGCCCUGAGUUUGGUGGAGCUGUUGGGAUCUGCUUCUACCUGGGCACCACUUUUGCGGGCGCCAUGUACAUUCUUGGCUGUAUUGAAAUUCUGCUGAUUUAUAUCGUUCCUCAGGCAGCCAUCUUCAAACUGGAGGGCCUGGAGGGGCCGGAGGCAGAGGCAGCUCUCCUUAACAACAUGCGGGUGUAUGGCACCAUUGUGCUGAGCUUCAUGGCACUGGUGGUGUUUGUGGGGGUCAAGUAUGUCAAUAAGUUGGCACUGGUCUUCCUGGCCUGUGUCAUCCUCUCCAUCCUGGCCGUCUACGCCGGCGUCAUCAAAACCGCCAUUGAACCCCCUGUCUUCCCGGUCUGCAUCCUGGGAAAUCGAACUCUUGUGUCUAAAGGGUAUGACGUGUGUGCAAAGGUCAUUGAGAGAGACAACGAAACAGUCACCACCAAGCUCUGGAGGAGCUUCUGUGAUUCUGAGUACCUCAACGCCACUUGUGAUGAAUACUUCACCAACAACAAUGUCACAGAGAUACAGGGCAUCCCUGGGGUCACUAGUGGCAUCCUGGCAGAGAAUCUGUUUGGCUACUAUCUUGACAAAGGAGCAAUUUUGGAGAAGCGUGGAUUUGCAUCAGUGAUGGAUCCAGACAGUCCCGUAACCAGCAGCAACCGCUACGUCCUGGCUGACAUCACCAGCUUCUUCACCCUGCUGGUGGGAAUAUACUUUCCUUCAGUCACAGGUAUCAUGGCUGGCUCCAACCGGUCUGGAGACCUGCGUGAUGCUCAGAAGUCCAUCCCCAUUGGCACCAUUGCAGCCAUCACUACCACUUCUACUGUGUACAUGUCCUGUGUGGUGCUGUUUGGGGCCUGUAUAGAGGGAGUAGUCCUGAGGGACAAGUUUGGUGAAGGAGUCAGUGGGAACUUAGUGAUUGGUACGCUGGCAUGGCCAUCGCCAUGGGUCAUUGUGUUUGGCUCCUUCUUCUCCACCUGUGGGGCAGGCCUUCAGAGUCUAACUGGGGCUCCACGUCUCCUGCAGGCCAUCUCUCGGGAUGGCAUCAUCCCUUUCCUUAGAGUGUUUGGACAUGGUAAAGCCAACGGAGAGCCCACCUGGGCCCUCCUGCUCACAGCAGGCAUCUGUGAAAUUGGCAUCAUCAUUGCCUCUCUGGAUGCAGUCGCUCCCAUCCUCUCCAUGUUCUUCUUGAUGUGCUACAUGUUUGUCAAUCUUGCCUGCGCCCUGCAAACUUUACUGAGGACGCCCAACUGGAGGCCACGUUUCAAAUUCUACCACUGGGCUCUGUCUUUCCUGGGUAUGAGUCUGUGCCUGUCGCUUAUGUUCAUCUGUUCCUGGUAUUAUGCCAUUGUUGCCAUGGGCAUUGCUACCUGCAUCUACAAAUACAUUGAAUUCUGUGGGGCUGAGAAGGAGUGGGGAGACGGGAUACGUGGCAUCUCUCUCAGCGCGGCACGAUUUGCUCUCAUGAGGCUGGAGGAGGGACCGCCACACACCAAGAACUGGAGGCCUCAGAUCCUGGUCUUGGUGAGCGUGGAUGCUGAGCAGAACGUCGAGCAGCCUCGCAUGCUGUCCCUGACCAAUCAGCUGAAAGCGGGGAAGGGCCUGACCAUCGUUGGUACCGCAGUGGAGGGAACCUUCCUCGACAACUAUGCUCAGGCUCAGAAGGCAGACCAGUCUUUGCGUAAACUGAUGGAGACGGAGAAGGUGAAGGGAUUCUCUCAGGUGGUCAUCUCCUCUAAUCUGAGAGAUGGGACAUCCCACCUGAUCCAGGUCGGAGGACUGGGGGGCCUUAAGCACAACACUGUGCUGGUCAGCUGGCCCCGUAACUGGAAGCAGCCUGAGGACCACCAGCGCUUCAGGGACUUCAUCGAGGUGGUUAGAGAGACGACUGUGGCCAGUAUGGCCUUGCUGGUUCCUAAGAACAUUGGUAGCUACCCGUCCAACGGAGAGCGCUUCACUGAGGGCCACAUAGACGUGUGGUGGAUUGUCCAUGAUGGAGGCAUGCUGAUGCUCCUGCCCUUCCUGCUGCGUCAGCACAAGGUGUGGAGGAAGUGCAAGAUGCGCAUUUUUACUGUUGCUCAGAUGGACGACAAUAGUAUCCAGAUGAAGAAAGACCUCAUCACCUUCCUCUAUCACCUGCGUCUCGAUGCUGAGGUGGAAGUAGUAGAGAUGCAUGACGGUGACAUCUCAGCCUACACCUAUGAGAAGACUUUGAUGAUGGAGCAGCGCACACAGAUCCUCAAACAGAUGCAUCUGACCAAGAAUGAGAUGGAGAGAGAGAUCCAGAGUAUUACAGAUUCAUCCCGUGGCUCCAUCCGACGUAAAAACCCGUCCACCCUGCGGGCCCAGCAGAGCACUGAGGAGGCAGCCAGCGUGGCAGAAAAACCAGAAGAGGAGGUCCAGCUGAUCCACAAUAAAAAUGCCUCCCCCACCCCGACAAGUCCCACAUCCCCGACCGCCCCUGCAGGGGGCACUGCGAGCCUAGACACUGGGGCGCAGAAGGCUUGGACAGACAAGGGGAAGAGCCUGGCAGCUGGAGCAGCAGCACACCCAGAGGCAGCCAAAGACCUCUUCAACAUGAAGCCGGAAUGGGAGAACCUGAACCAGUCCAAUGUGCGGCGCAUGAAUACAGCGCUGCGGCUCAACGAGGUCAUCACCAAGAAGUCCAAGGAGGCGAAACUUGUCCUGCUCAACAUGCCUGGACCUCCCAGGAACCGCAUGGGCGACGAAAACUACAUGGAGUUCCUCGAGGUUCUCACUGAAGGCCUCAAUCGGGUCCUGCUGGUGCGUGGCGGUGGACGUGAGGUCAUCACCAUCUACUCCUGAAGGGCCGGUCUUUUAACGGCGCCCCACACGGCACCCAGAUGGACUGUGCCCUCUCCUUUCCUGACGUCCCGACCAUAAAACUCCACCCACACAUGUCCUUGUGUUUCACAUUUUUUGCCAUCUUUACUGAGCUCAUCCUCGACACCAGCGGCUCGCUCCAGGUGCCCCAGCAGCAUCUCAGCCUGGGUACUGUAGGCCCAUAGCUGAAUCUGUCUCCCGUACCUCCUGAAAUUACACAGACAGCUAUGAAAUAAUCCCAUCUCUGAGCGGAUGAGUUUCUAUUCUGACAGUGACAGCUCUUACAGAGGAGCAGAAAUGCAAAAACCCUGCUCCUCCUCAGUAAAUGGUCAUUUUUUUUUGUUUGUUUGUUUGUUUUGGUUUGGUUUUUGGUUUUCUCCCCUUUGCCAUAUGUUUAAUUGCCCCUUCUUUUCCUUUGCUUUACUUUGUUGUGGAUGAGGGUCAUUUGUAAAAGGAGUGGGGUCCUUCUUUGUAAUUUGUCCUCAUUUUCUAAUUAUUUAUAUAUUUAUUAAUCAUGUUAUUUAUUGAUUUAUUUAUUUAGUCAUUCAUGUAUUCAUUUCUGUCUUCGACAUGGUCCAUUUUACCAAAUAUGGCUGGAAGCACAUACAGUAGGUCAGUAAUUCAACAGGCAGACACUCUCUGGUCUUGCUAUAUUAACUCUCAGUAUAUUAAUAUCCAACUUAACAAAAAAUUAAUUUAAAAAAUGUGGGGAUGAGGAUCCUGGCAGGUGUCAUAGUGUAUAAAUUCACAAAAUAGAACAAGACUGAAGGGAUUAUGUGGAUUGAUUGUACUGGAGCACACUCAUUUUAGUAGGUAUUAUGUCAUCUGUGAUAUGCAGAGACAAUAUGCGUGGUUUGCAUCAUCCAUAUCAUCCCAGCGAGGUUAUCAGGCUUGUCCUCAUCAUGGCAGGGACUUAUCUCAUGUCAGAAGCACUUCUCUCACUCACUGUAGCAACAGAAAUGACAAUAAAAAACAGAAACUAUUUGGAAAAAAUGAUUUGAUUCAGAUAUAGGUUUAUGGAGAGUCGUGAUCGCAGCCUGAUUGUUUGACUUCAUUAUCUCCAGGUUGACACAGAGAUCAUACGGACUGAGUGACAGAAUGGCUGGCUGUGACAUGGGCCGCUGUAAAUAUUCAAUAAUCACCUCACAUUACCCAGAAUCCUGCAGCUGGUGUAGCUCAGGCCAGCUAACCAGGACCUGUCAGGAUCUUGCAUAUUUUAUCCACUCUGUUGUUUUCAUAGUAGAUUAUUAUGAGUGAAUGUCCCCAAAGCUACAAGACAGAGUAUAUAUGAAUGAAGAAUGUGCAGCUAGAUAAUUUAAACUGGCAUAUGAUGAAAUAUGUUAAUCACAAUACUAAAAGAUGAACAUGCACUACUCAAAGAUGGGAUUUUUGGGCCAUACUAAUUGCAGAUGUUUUAUUUAUUUAGUUAGUUAUUUUAACCAAAUACUUGAGAUUAAAAUGUGCCAAUAUUGGAAAAAAUUUUUUUGAAAAUUUCUUUUUAGUGCAAAGUUUAAACAUGUAUUGAAAAAGCAGACUUUUAAAAAAAAAUUGUGAAUUCAGAAUUUUUAUUUAUUUAUCUUAUUUUGUCAAAGAUCUAUAAAAAAUAUUAAACCAUAUAUUAUAACCCAGACUUAAAUUGCACUUGCAAACAGAUAUCAUAAACUAUAUAAUAUAUGCUAAAUAUCAUGUUUAUGGGCAUUUCUUGUAUUAAAGUCAAUGUAGUUUCUAGUUUAACAUAUUUAAGAAAUAAAUUAUAUGACGUAAACUGCAUCUAGAAGAGUUCAGUUAUUUUUUGUGACACAUUUCAGGAAAAAAAAAAAUACUUUUGAAUAGCAUUUAUUGAAUAACUUGAAAUAAUUGUAUAUCUGUGGAAAAGAUCAUUCAGAGGCACAUGUUCUAAAUGUUAAUGCUGCUAAAGUAAUGCUUUUCAGUAUGAUGAGCCAAAUAAACAAAUACGAAGGAAUUAAGAGGGCAAGGCUGACACAGUUGAUUGAAUAAUUAUCCUCUAUUUUACUGACAGCAUGCUGCAGGUUGCCUCAGCAAUAGAUGAAAUCAUGAUUUUGACUGUCAGUGUGCCCCCAACUUGAAAAAAAAAAAAAAAAUAGAAUUGAAAAUAUGCUUGAUUUAACAGUAUUAGGAUGAAAAUACUAAUAUAAUUAGAGCACGUAUAUUCAAAAUAUCACAAAUGUCACUUUUUUUGCCUCACAAGUGGUUCCCACAAAUGGAAUAGCACUACAGCGGAGCCGAAUCCUAUUUGAAUCUUAAAAGCUGAAAACAAUCAAAUAAAAGAGUGCAUUUAAGGCCAGAUUCGUCCUAUUAUUUAUUCAUUUAUUCAAGUUACCUGUAGUUGAUAAGGAUCCACUCAAAUAUGCAGUGUGAUUAAUUGGUGAUGGCCACCCAGACAUGAAAAGAAAUGUGCCGUGAUUGGCAGACCGAAACUGUCCUGUUUUCAGUUUGAUAUGAAAGGAGUUUUAGAAAGCCGCGUCAUUCAGGAGUCUGCCAGCAGCUGUCAUUUCCAUCUUUUCUCUAAUUGCUAAUAAAUGUCAAGUGAUUUGCAUUAUGUAAAAAUGUUUUGAAAGGGGUGUUGUGUGAUGUAACUAUCCUUUAUCCCACACCGCUUGACCUUGUUUUGAGCUCAACACUUUCAGUCUAAUUUUAGCUGGAAGGAACCUGUGCUUUCCAGAAUGACAGAUAACUUUUAAUGAGCCAAUCCAGCGACAUCUCUGGUUUCCUCCUCUGCAUGUAGUUUUGCUGAGAGGCCUCUGUAUCACUCCAAAACAGUGUCAGUCAUUUCACUUUUACUUUCUUUUGCACAGUGUUGAUGUUCAUUAAAAACUGUAUUCACCUAAUAGCAUAGAGUCAGAUCCUCUCUGAUCUACUUAACCCCGCCCCCCUCUCUCUCUUUAGCCUGUCUCAGGUGCGAUAUGGUAAUUAUUUGAACAGACCAAUGACUUACUUUUAAUGAGAACUUUAUCAUGUGUUUCUCUCUGUUCAAAUAGUAGAAAUUCAUGUCCUUCCACAUUACAAUAACUUCUCCUCCAGUAGGAUGUAUUGGGGACAGUAUUUCUCCACUGUAAACCUGCAUAAGUCAACGCAUUAAGCAAAGGCUAAAAAGUUGAAACUCCAACUUUCAGUGUUAAUUAUGAGGACAGUAUCAGACAGAAUAUAUAUGUAGGCUGUAGUUUGAUUCAAUUUUCAUAUCCUUAUUCCCUCUGGCUUAUUACAGUGCUGUAGUCUACUUCCUGUGAAGUUCUGCAAUGAUUUCUAGCCCUUCAUCUCAUGUCAAAGAAAAAAGUCUUAUGAGCUUUCUGCAGCUUUUGCAGAAAAUGUGUAACUCCUCUCACUCCCUUCAAAUGUAGAGCCCAGUCUAUACCUGUAGCUGUAUUGUUUUUAGUGCAACUCACUGUCAUAAACAUGUCAACAUGUCUUAUUUUAUUUGCUGACAUCUGUGAAACCCUCAAUGUCUCUUAGUCCCUAUUGCUGAGACAUGUGAACACAUAACAUCAGCAACAACAAAAAACAUAAGAAGCAGUAUUUCUAAAUCUUCAGUAAUAGUACUGUACUUACUUUUGAUUCAUAAGAGAAUCAUUCAACGAUAGAAGAUGGUGUAGAUUUAACAGUAGAAAUCUUGGUCAUUGGUCAGUAGUAUGUCGUAGUCACAGUUUUUUAAGCUACCUUUCCCAGGAACAAAAAUGAUGUGUGUGUGUGUGUGUGUGUGUGUGUGUGUGUGUGUGUGUGUGUGUGUGUGUGUGUGUGUGUGAUUGUGUAUGUUGUUACAAGAUUACAUGCAUGUAUGCUGUGUGGAGAUGCAGUGUGUGUCGGCACGUGCUUGCUGGAACGAUGACAGUGUGUAUCGCUGUAUAGAAAGGUUGGAUCAAGAUGGGAUAUCUGUAAAUACGUCAGUGAUUACAAGCUUAGACAAUAUGUUGAACACGUCAGUGCAAGUUGAAUAUUUUACAAGUACAAGAGCAGACAAACUGUAUUGUGUUCUAAAUGAAUAUAUUAACAUUGUUUUAUGUUUUACCAUGUCAUGUACUCAUACAACUACAACCAAUGGUUUAAUGAGACCAUUUUAUACAUAUGUCUGAACAAAUGGCAAUAAAGUAAAACCAUUUUAAUACAAUA